CACCGCUGCCCGGGCCUCGGGCAGGGUCAUGUGGCUCCCGCUCCGAGGGAAGGACUUCCAGGGAGACAAGCCUGUUCUCCAAGCACCCCAGCCGCUCGGGAUGUUUUCUCAGUUCACGAGGACUUCAGCUGCACUUUGGCGCUGCCUUCCCCUUUCCCAGGACUGUCGAUGGCAGGAUACCAGCUCUGGUCACCAUGGACUCCACUGGAUGAGAGCUUCCAAUGGCUGCGGCACACAACACCUACCCCUUGCUCCAAACACCCUUUCAGGGCCUCUCCUUGCUUCCCGCAUACCCCUUCUGACCUUGAAGUGCAGCUGUGCUUUCAAGAAGUCACUCUUGUCCUAGACAGCCCACUUGUGGCGCCUGGAGAGAGCCCCAAGUUACCCUGCCACACCUCAGAGCUCCAAGCAGUGAACAACAAGAAAGGACCGGUGAGGAAGCCCCAGCCAGUCCGCCUCCAUGGAGUAGAUUCUGUUUUCGGUAGGGUCAUCACAGCCCAGCCACCCAAGUGGACUGGAACCUUCAGAGUCUCAGACAAGUCAGCCUUCUGCAAAAUUAUCAGCAGAGAGCAUCAGUGGCCCACUGGUCUCAAGGAGCCUCAGAUUCAGAUGACAGUGACUAUGUGCAAACAGAUGCUACGCUCUAUCCUCCUGCUGUAUGCCACGUACAAGAAGUGCACCUUUGCCUUGCAGCACUCCAAGUAAAGGGUCCCCAUCUGACCCGCGUUCCACACCAUCAUCUGUGGUAUGUACAAAGCUUACAAAGACCUCUCUACAUAAAUCAACCGUAAAAUCAUGCCAGAUACUCUGCCUUUCAGUCCAGCUGUGACAAGUUCCCUUCCUCCCUUUCUCUUCAGAAACAAGACUGACCAGUUGACCAGUGAUACUGAGCGAGGAAGAACAUCUCUGCCGUAAAGCUAAUGACUAUUUAAGUCAGCCUAACACUGACAUACAAAUGUGAUAGUGACUAAACUAUCAAACAAACCAGCCUAGCGUGAACACACAAAUGGCAAAGUCAGUAAUGAGAUGGCAAAGACAUGUAUGGCUGACUGGGAACCAGACGAUGAAGGGACCAAAAAUCUGUAUGUGGGUUAAGAACUAACUUAAAAACAGCUUUCCCGCCUCAAACAAAUGUCAAUAAGUAAAACAUAACUUUAAUACCAGCAUGGGUAAAAAUAUAACAAAUAUUAAACACUCUUAAUAGCAUGGCAAGGAAGAGCCUAACAGCAGCUUUGAGACUGGGCUUCCUGGCAGAUGACAGGAGAAUCCCCUACUUUAGCUCCUGAUGUUCUAUUUCUAAUAAACUAUAUUUUGUAUGAUUCUUAAAACUAGAUUCUAGGCAUAAUUCAGAAUAAU